UUGUGUUUCAAUACCUACAAAUUAACAUCACACAAAAAAAACAUGAGUGUAGAGGUGCUUGACGGUGCGACAAUCCUUAGCUUCGUGGAAGAUGAAGAAGCGUUCAGUGAAUUCAUCGUUGAACGCUUCAACAAUCUCGAUAAAAACCAUGAUGGCAUACUUUCUUAUUCAGAAAUGCUGAAAGAGUUGCAGGGGUUGAGGGUCUUCGAUAAGCAUUUUGGUAUCGAUGUAAAAACUGAUCCGAACGAGGUUUCUCGUGUUUAUAGUUCAAUCUUCGUUCAAUUCGAUCGCGACUCGAACGGAACUGUGGAUUUGGAGGAAUUUAAACAAGAGAUGAAGGAGAUGAUGGUGGCUAUGGCUAAUGGUUUAGGGUUCUUGCCAAUUCAAAUGGUACUUGAAGAGAAUAGUUUCUUGAAGAAAGCUGUUGAUAGGGAAUUUAAAUAUUACUCUAUUUAAUAGUAAUGGUUAAAUAUCUUAUAUUUUAUCGUAUCAAUUUUCCACACAAUGUUUAUGCAAUAUCCUUAAAAAAUUGUAUUGUAAAAUUUUGAAAUAAAUUUGAUUUAUAGUA